UGACCUGUUAUUUCCUCUCUGCCCACUGUCCCCAGUGCUGCACCAGUGCAGUGCCAAAGCUGCAACAUUAGCACGCUAACUUUCCCGUUUUCAUAACCCUUAGGUGGGUUGACCUGUCGUAUUUUGUUACUCUUCUUGCUUUUCUUUUCUUAAGCAAACUGCUGCAGUUUUUCGGACAUGCCUAACAUCGUGCUUUUUAGCGGGAGCUCCCACCACGACCUGUCCCAGAAAGUGGCUGAUCGGCUGGGACUGGAGCUUGGGAAAGUGAUCACGAAAAAAUUUAGCAACCAGGAGACAUGUGUGGAGAUCGGGGAGAGCGUGCGCGGCGAGGACGUGUACAUCGUGCAGAGCGGCUGUGGCGAAAUCAACGACAACCUCAUGGAGCUGCUCAUCAUGAUAAAUGCCUGUAAAAUCGCCUCCUCGUCCCGCGUCACCGCCGUCAUCCCCUGCUUCCCGUAUGCCCGGCAGGAUAAGAAAGACAAGAGUCGAGCACCCAUAUCGGCGAAGCUGGUGGCAAAUAUGUUGUCGGUGGCCGGCGCCGACCACAUCAUCACGAUGGACCUCCACGCCUCUCAGAUCCAGGGCUUUUUUGACAUCGCAGUAGACAACCUUUACGCAGAGCCCGCUGUGCUGCAGUGGAUCAGAGAAAAUAUUCCCGAGUGGAAAAACGGCAUCAUCGUGUCUCCAGACGCCGGCGGAGCAAAACGCGUGACGUCCAUCGCAGACCGUCUGAACGUGGACUUUGCUCUCAUCCACAAAGAGAGGAAGAAGGCCAACGAAGUCGACCGCAUGGUGCUGGUGGGUGAUGUCAAGGACCGCGUGGCCAUCCUGGUGGACGACAUGGCCGACACCUGUGGCACCAUCUGCCACGCCGCGGACAAGCUGAUCGAUGCUGGCGCGACAAAGGUCUACGCCAUCCUCACACACGGCAUCUUCUCCGGUCCGGCCAUCUCUCGCAUAAACAGCGCCCCGUUCGAGGCCGUGGUGGUGACCAACACCAUCCCGCAGGAGGAGAAGAUGAAGGCCUGCCCGAAAAUACAGGUAAUUGACAUCGCAAUGAUCCUGGCGGAGGCGAUCAGGAGAACCCACAAUGGCGAGUCAGUGUCCUACCUCUUCAGCCACGUACCCUUGUGAAGAACCUCCCCCCCCCCCCCCGUCGGGCCGCUCGGCCGGCACCUCUCUGCCACAUAUCCUCCAGAAAAGCUUCAAAAAAGUCCUGGUGUUUUCUUUUGCCAACCCCAUGUGACUGUUUAAAGGUCACGCCUACACAUCGAGCAAAAUCUCACUUUGCUCUCCGAAGACCAAGUUUAUAUUUAUGAGUAUCUUUUUUAUUUCCAGUUGUUUUCUCGUGUUGCAGUUUGGGUCUUGCCGACCUUGAUCACGAGGCCUGGCCUUCACUUUAACCAAAGGCUCCAUUAUGUAGCUAUGUAUUAUGUGUACCUCAUAUUGAACUCUAAAAAUGAAACAUUCCACGAUCAGAAAUAUUUUGGCCCUUUCUGCUCAGUCAUUAAAAUAGUUAAUAAAACUAUGCACCUAUAACCCCCCCCCCCCCCCUCAAGUGUUUGCUUUAACAGCUGCUAAAAGUACUAAAAUAAUAUAACCUAACCAUUAACUAGCUAACGCUAUAUUAAUUGUAAUAGUUUAUGCUUAAUGCUAUCAUCGGACCACAGUUUAAAAGCUGCAGUACAAGUGGUAAUGUGUUGAUCUGACCACACACACGAGUAAAACGAAUGAACUUGAUUUACUCGCAUUUUUAUUUUCUCUUUUAGCGAGCCUCAUAAAUGUGCUGAUGCAUCUUUUACCUCUGCAGCGUCAUUUCUCUCACAAUAAGCUGCUGUCACCCAGUGGUGGCUCAUCUGUAUGACACCUUUCUCCUUCAAUAAUUGCUAAAAAAAAAAAGGAAACAUUUAGUGACGACCCUCCGAUCUCCCUGACGGGUCUGUAUUAAGUGUCUAGUGCGAGGGGUCGUUCCAAAAGGUCACGAAAACAAAUGGAGCCCAAAGCUUGUUAUAGUGUUAAGAUUUCAGCCAUGAUUUGUAAUUAAGAUAGUGAUUGUCAUCACAGCUGUAAUGGGUCAUUUAUGUUCCAAGAAAGCAGGUUUCACUGUUUGCUUGUAGAUGAAAAGAAUAAAAUAAAAAGUUGGUGGAAAAGCUGAUUAAUCUUUUUUUUUUUUUACUUUUUUUUUUUAAUAUGUAACACUUUGAGCUGUUUCUUUGACAAUAAAGCUUUGACAAUUGCUUACA